UUCGGUUUGUUAGCAAAUGUCAAACAUCCAAAAUCCAAAUUCCAACGGCGAGUGAAAGUGUUUUAAAGUUUUUAGUUUAGACAUUUUAUUCAAAUAAUUAAACUCAUAAUCUUAAUCUUAACAAUCAAUAAAUAAGAACUAUUUAAGAGUUAUGGUGUGUGCUUGAAUCUCUGUGUUUUGUAUUCCAAACAAUGGAUCCAUUUACUCAGCGUAUGUUGGAAAGGGCGCGGGCUAGGCAAGAGAAAAUCGAUCAGAAGCUAGCCAAUUCGGGGCAAACUGUACCGAAACGCAAACCUUUAGCAGAGAACGUUACCAACGUUAAAAAUCAGGCUUCACCCGUAAAAUCUCCAAUGAAAUCAUCGAGAGAAUCAUUAUCGUCACCCAAGAGAUCGUCAAAAGAUGUUAUAAACCGCGAUACGCCUAUUAUUAAACAGGUUAUUCAGAAAUCCGAUCAAGUAUUUUCUCAACAUGGAAAAAAUGAUGUUAUAGUCACUAAAAGGGAAUUUAAAAGUCCCAAAUCCAGUUUGAAUCGUCGCAACUCUGAUGUGUCGGUGGAGAUUAACAUAUCACAUAGGAAUGACAUUCAGAUUGAGGUCCAAGUGGAAGAGAGGGAUGCACCAAUCAGCAUUGUCUAUAACCCAAAUGAAUGUGAGAACGAUGUUGUUAUUCAAGAAAUUUAUGAUGACAAUAAGUUAGAGAAAAGAGCACUUGAAAUGGAAGAAGAAAAAAAUGAGAAAACAAAUCUCCGGCAUAACACCAAAUCUCGAUUGGAUAGACUUGCUAACUUAUAUUCAGAUAAUCCAACCAUGUCUCCCCCAAUAUUACGCUCAGAAGACUUUAUGCCAUCCCCACCCAGAGAGCAGUCACUGAAACCUAGAAAUGAAGGGAAAAAGUUUGGCAGACUAGCAGCUUUGGCCGAUCAGAUUAACAACUGGGAAGAUGAUCUUAAGCAUCAUGUUUAUCAACCAGAAACAAAGAAACCGUCACAUCGCACAAAAGAAGAAGCCAUGGACUCUUCAACACUGGACAUGUCUAUACAUUCGUACAAAGAUAUCAACAAGGCUUUACAAACUGCUAAAAGCAACAAGGUACAAAUUACGAAUCCGAAGAACAUCAACUCGCACACAUUUACAAAGCCCAGCGUGAACGAGUGCCAGCGGUUGGCAAAGAAAAUUGUCGCCGAACUGGAGGGCGAGGGGUACCGGCGCGUCUCCGCCACCCAAUCGCGGCUCGUUUACGAUUUCGCUCCGACGCAACACGAACUCGAACGACAGGAGCCGAAGAGUGCGUCGACAACCCCCAGUGAGCGUCCAGCCCCCGAGAUGGCGACCGCGGUGGCCGUCGCCCCGGCCGCCGUCACCAAGAAGCCUUCGAUCAAAAAGUACCGCGCGCCGACGCCGCCGAGCAAGACGGACGACAACUGUGAAAGUGACAAGGACAAAGAGAACAAUGUGCUCGAAAGGGAGGAGAACGAGAACGACGAGUGUGUACAAACAAAAGACAAAUCGGAGGGUUCGCCGGCUUUCAAGAGGUUCGCGCCGCGGUUCAACGGCAAUGUGGACCGGAGUUCGGUGCUGUCUAAGGCGGCUAUGUUCGAAGCGGGGAGCCCUAGGGGCAAAGAGAAGGACCCCGCGGAGAUGUCCCUCCGCGAGCGCAAAGCCCUGUUCGAGAAAAACAAGGGGGCAGCGAUCGUUCCGAAAGCGCCCUUCGGCCUCGCACCCUCCGUCAAAACACUGCACGGAGAUUCCAAAGACAAACCAACAAAAGUGGUGCAAAAAACUACAUCUAAAAACAAUACCCCGGAAAAGAAUUCCCGAACAAAUUCCAAAGACUCCCUAGCGGAAGACAACGUCAGUCAAACCUCCGUUGGAGGGGGCAUCAAAGGAAAACUGGCUGCUUUAUUCAAUAAGGAGCAAACGAUAAGCGAGACCACGAUAGCGAAUAAGUUCAAGCAAGAAAGAGAAAAAGAAAUGGAGAUGCUGCAAAACAGAUUCCAUUAUAAGCCUCAACCACCUCAAAAGCCCGACAACAAUGACUCGGACGAGGAUCAAAAUGAACACGAAUCUGAGAAAAUACCACUCAUGGGCAGCACGACGAGCUUAUCCCAAGUGUUCAAGAAGCCUGAAAUUAUUGCCAACAUGCCCAAAGUUAAGUUCGAUGACAAGAUUGAUCCGAAGGAUGAGAAGGAAAUAGAACACGAAAAAGUAGUUGGCUCUCAACCUGUUAAAAGGAGGAGUUCGCAGUCUCAAGACUCUCCAGUGGUUUUAUCAGUUCUAGAGGACGUGAAACGGAUAAAAGUAAAUGGGACAAACACUACAAAAGAAAAUGGUACCAUCGUCCAACAGCCCACCAGUUUGUACCCUCACCUGUCCGACAUCGAAACUGACAACUCCAACAACACGCAAGAGGAAUAUUCGGAUUGCGGUGGAUCUAGCACCGAAAAUAUUCCUGGAAGAUUAAACAAAUCAGACAACUGGGCAGACUCUUCCUUUGGUCGUGAAGUGCUCAAUGUCGUAAAGAAGAACAACACGAGCUACAAGAAGGCUGUGCAGAGUGACUCAGAGGAGUCUGCUUGCGACAGCGAGCUGGAUGACUUGUUGGACGAGGCGCUCGAGGUGGAGGGGCCCACGCCGCCCAAGGUUAACAAGGUGAUUGAGCACGACAGUCUGUCGUCAUCGAGUUUCGUGUAUCAGGAGAAGCAGUUCAAGUCGCCGCUGAAGACGCCGCAACAGAUUCACACCCCCGCCAGGGCGGACCGCGGGGGCGAGCUAGUGCACAGCGUCAGCUUCUACCGGCGCAUGCAAGCGUGCGGCACACCGUCGACGCCAUUACGCGUGGUAAAGCAUGCGUCGCCUGAACGCGAGAUCCCGCCCACGCCGGAGCCCGUGGCAGCCGUCACCACGGUUCGCCAGCGCAUCAAGGAGCUACAGAACGAGAUAUCCAAGCAGCAGACCGUCAUAUCACAGGCCAGUCAAGCUCUUAACCUGUGCGCGUCGACCAUAGAGUUUAGUGGAUCAACAGAGCAAGCUGAAGGCGAGAGACUGUUGUUAUUGGCGACUCACCGUCGCCAGGCGUGCCUGCACGAGGUGCAACGCCUGCAGGUGGAGGGCGCGGGCGCGGCCGGCACGGCGGGCAUGGCCACGCUGCACAUCAACAACCUUAGAGUACCGCUGCGGAGGGACUAUGUGCGACAACUUAAUGCAGAUGGCGCUGUCGGCCACCACGCCGUGUGCCUGCUCAAGUGCCGCGACCGCGUGCUGGCCACCAGUAUGCAACUGACGAAACCUACCGCGCCCUUGCAUUUCCCUGAUGAGAUACGCAUGGACGGACUUACUAGUGAUUUCAAGAUAACUGUAGAAAUCUACCUGCUGCAAGCGUCCAAAGAAGUUCUGCCGCAUGAGGUCAAAUAUCACAUCACAAACAAAAAGGGUAACUCCAAGCUGCUGACGCCGAAGUCCAAGGUGUCGGAGCUGAAGGCGCCGCGCGUGCAGAGUCCGGCCGGGCCGCACUCGGUGCGCAGUCCGCAGUUCCAGCUGCACGGGUACUGCAUAUUCGCCUUGCCGCAGGCCACCAGGAAGAGCUUCACUCUCAAUAAGGUCCCGCACGGCAGUCCGCUAGAGGGCGCCAUCAACGUGGAGAUCCGCGCGCGCGUGGUGGUGCCGCCGCCCGAGCCGCACGCCGCCUUCCUCACCGCCUUCGACGACGUGUCGGGGCUGGGCGCCUGGCACCGCCGCUGGUUCCGUCUGCAGCCGCCGCGCCUCGCCUACUGGAAGUACCCCGACGACGUGCAGAAGAAGAUGCCAAUUGGCGACAUAGAUCUGACAACAGUGAUAUCAGACAGAGUGACAAAAGCACCGAGAGAUCUAUGUGCCAGACCGAAUACAUUGCUCCUGGAAUCAUCAGUACCGGCCGGUUUGAUCGUACCAGACACCGGAUCCCUGGUCUACGUCAAGUGUGCUGAUGGCACCGUGAGGAGGAGGCACUUGCUGGCUGCAGAUACUCCAAAAGACCGUGAUGAAUGGCUGAACAAGUUGAACAGUGCGUUAGAAUAUGUUCGGUGUACCGCUGCAGAUGAGGACGACUAGAUUUUUAGAGAAAGGUACAAAAAAAUGGAAAUUGUCCUCAAUCAAAUCAUCAGAUAUUAUAUAUUGAUUGUGUGGAAGAAAAACUAUAAGAAAUUAUAUCAUGUAUAGUUGAUUUAUAGAGAAACGGAUCAACUAUCAUUUUUGCAGAAUACGUAAAUGUACGAGUAGAUUCACAAAAGAUAAGUGUCGUCAUCAACCCAUAUUCGGCUCACUGCUGAGCUCUCUCAGAAAGAGAGGGGUAAGGCCAAUAGUCCACCACAUUGGCCCAAUGCGGAUUGGCAGACUUCACACACGCAGAGAAUUAAGAUAAUUCUCUGGUAUGCUUUCUGGUAUGGUUUCCUCACGAUGUUUUCCUUCACCGAUUGAGACACGUGAUAUUUAAUUUCUUAAAAUGCACACAACUGAAAAGUUGGAGGUGCAUGCCCCGGACCGGAUUCGAACCCACACCCUCCGCAAUUGGAUGCAGAGGUCAUAUCCACUGGGCUAUCACGGCUUUUUAAGUGUAGUGUAAUGUAUUUGUGCAAUGUUUGGCGACUAAGAAUUGGCGCAGUAGCCUAAGUCCGCAUUUUCUGAGUUUCAUAUACCUGUAAGGCCUAGCCCUGCAGUGAGUAAAUAGGCUGAUGUUGAUAACUGGCGCAGUCGAUAGGAUAGUUGCCGUAAGUUUUGUCCUGUUGUAUGAAUACAUAUAACGGAUGUUGGUUUGUCUGUGUGAUAUUAUUUAACAUUAUGCAUGGUUACUACUGUUAUUCCCACUCCUAUGAUAGAGUCUUAGCUCAGUUGUGAGCCGUUAAACUGAGCCCAUAAUGAUGAAAGAUGGCGCAGUCGGUAGGAUACUUGCUGUAUGUUUAAUCCUUAUCAUUGCAGAAAUACAUCACAUGUAGAUAUGUUUGUGUGAUUUUGUUUAGUAGUACUACAGUAUAAUAGAUGCAUGAUAUUCUUAUACUUCUCUAAAAUGCUCCCGCCAUAUGCAAAAUUUACGGUGUAUAAAAUCGGUUAGGUUAGGUUAUAUAUGACAUAGUAUUAGUAAUUUUUUUUUCAAUAAUAUUUACAAAUAAGUACUUACAUACGUAUUAAUAUGGAAUAAUUUCAAAUUGUAAUGUUUAAUAAGAAAAUUUAAUGUUAAUGCAAUUUUAUUUUAAUGUAAUUAUUAACGUAACAACUAAUUUAUGUAAGAUAAAUAGGGUUUUACAAGUAGGUUAUCGUCGUGUUACAUAAUAGUUGAAAAUCAUGACUAUUUUUAACCGACUUCAAAAAGGAGGAGGUUCUCAAUUCGGUCGGUAUUUUUUUUUUACUAUAGUUUUAUUCGAGUGACAUCCGCGUCUAUCAUACAAUAAAACAGUUCAUAUUUUAAUAACACCUGUCAAAGAAGACCUAUGCUUUGAUAUAUAAGUUUCUAACUAUUUGUUAUAAAAUCUGAUAGAUUUUGCAUGUAGUGUACACAAUUAAAAUUCAAUAGGUAUUAGGAUAAAGAAAACAUUUAAAAUGAAUAAUACUAAUGAAUAAUUAAUUUACAUAAUUUAAUUUCUCAUAUCUCAAAUUUUUAAAUUUUAUCAGACAUUUUAUCAUACUGUAUUUUUAAAAUAUAGUACGUAAUAUAGACUUUUAAUGUACCACUUUAAUUGAUUAUAAUUGAAUAUAAUGAACAAUUUUAAUAUUAAAACCUUAAGACUCUGCUUAAAUAUUCAAUGUCGAUUUCAUAGCGUUUAUUAUCUUUGACGCAAUUUAAAAUUGUGUGAAUUUUGUAUAAUGUAUUUAAUGUAAACGAUAUAGAUAUGUUUAUAUCUAUAAAAUUUAAAUGCUUUUUUUAUUUUUACAUUUUGUGCGUAAUGCAAGCCUAAUAUUGCAAUAAUUGUGUGCUUAUUUAAUAGAAUAUGUUAUCCAUUGUAUAUAAAAUCAAUUUAUUUUUAACAAUAAAUUAAUAUUUGAAUGA